UGAACUUGAUUCCUUCGUUUGCACAUCCGCAGGCUAUCGUUUGGAAGCAAUGAGUUUAAAACCCUUCACCUACCCGUUUCCAGAGACGAGGUUUCUUCACGCAGGACCCAAUGUGUAUAAAUUCAAAAUUAGAUACGGCAACAGCAUCAGAGGGGAAGAAAUAGAGAAUAAGGAAGUCAUCGUCCAGGAGCUGGAGGAUUCUAUUCGUGUAGUCUUGGGAAACUUGGACAAUCUGCAGCCAUUUGCUACAGAGCACUUCAUUGUAUUUCCCUAUAAAAGCAAAUGGGAGAGAGUGUCCCACCUGAAAUUCAAGCAUGGGGAAAUCGUCUUGGUCCCCUAUCCAUUUGUUUUCACUCUGUAUGUAGAGUUGAAAUGGUUUCAUGAAAACCUGUCACCUGGGGAGCCAAUAAAUGACAGUCCUCUUGGCUUGGUCCUAGCAGAGAGGAAAGCAGCAGGAGCCAUGACGAGGAAACGAAAACGAGUGGAAGUGCCCAGCUCCCCCAGCAGGCCAGCGCUGGACAGGACCAAGAUGGGGAUUUCCAGCCAAGGCCCCAGCAAAAAGAAGCCCCUUAUGGAAACCAGGAGGAAUGGAGGAAGAAAAACCCAGCAGGAAUGGCAGGAGACCCCAACAUUUAACACCACUGAUAUCCAGGAACAGGAUUCUAAGUGGGAGGACAGCCUCGCUGAGCAGAUCAUCCCCCCACUGAAGCAAAACAAUCCACCUCCACCUAAAGAACCCAAAGAGCUGGGAACCAGUGGCUUCUUUGGGUUUCUAAGCUCUCUCUUCCCCUUUCGCUAUUUCUUCAGAAGGAGCAGCCAGUGA